AUGCAAAUUAACGCUCGAGAUGGGAUUCAAAUGAAUAAGGCUCCUGGCCAGAAUAGAAUAUUGAUGUUAUCCCCAACCACACCAGUUAGCUGCCGACGUUGUGUGGUUAUCAAUAUGGCCAAUAUUCCAAUCCGCAGCAUCCACACAUCCGCACACCAGCUGAGAUACAAAGAGCCACACUCGCAUAUUGUAUCUGCAUUUAUGAAAAUGCAAAGUACGGGUACGGGGUCGUGGUCGGGUUCGGGGUCGGGGUCGGGGAAAACGCCAGCUGAAACUAUCAAAAUGCAUGCCAAGAGGCAAACAACAAAACCAGGCAACACGAGCUGCCGCAACAUGGCAAACAUGAAACCGAAACCGAAAACUGUAACUAAAACUGCGGCCAAAAUCACCUCCCACGCCACCCACUCGAAUGCUUACUGCAGGCAGCCAAAACAUGCAGCAAAAAAGCGAGAACGGGCGAAAUUUGCAUGCAUAUUUACAAACUUUCGUUCGGAAAAGUCAGUAUAA